CGGGGGUGUGAGCCGCUCUCCUGAGCCAGGUGUGGCUGCGAGGGGGGGCAGUUGGCCCGAGGAGACCCCCUCAGCAGCAGGGCACUGAGCAGUGGCGGCCGGGGGCCUCCGGGCCGGGGCCCGGGCGGGGCGGAGAGCAAGGCGGCGGGUGCCCCAGGAGCCUCAGGGGAGGGGGGGACCUGCGUGCGUCCGAGCCCCCCUCCCCACCCCCCGGCAGCUUCGGAGGCCCGCGGCCAGUUCUGAGGCACCCUCAGCUCUUUCCUUGAAUACUCGGGGGGGGGUGCCCCUGUGCAGACAUGCUGCAUCCCAGCAAGCUCCAAGCGCCCCAGGGCCCCGCCCGCGGGGGUGUCCACUCUGCAAGAUCGCACGCGUGAGCUACAGGCAGGACCCGCAGAGACCGUGUUCCCUGACAAGUGAGGGGUCGUCUAGAAGAGAAGGUCACCUCUUCCCAGGGUGACCUUGAGAUCCCUCACAAAUGCUGUGGGAACCCCAAGACACAGGAACUGCUCCUUGGAGAAGGCUGAGGGCUUCCAGAGCUCCAGACUCCCGCUGGUGGGGAGAGGAAAGGUCGUGGAAGGGCCUGCCCCUCCAUUUAAAUACAGUUGCUGGAAGUUGCAUGAAUCACAUCUUCUGGACAGUGGAAAUACAAUACAGCAGUCGAAGAAGAAGAAGAAGAAGAAGAAAAGAAGAAGAAGAAGAAAGAAAGAAAGAAGAAGAAGAAGAAGAAGAAGAAGAAGAAGAAGAAGAAGAAGAAGAAGAAGAAGAAGAAGAAGAAGAAAGAACGAUCCUAUUUCUGCUUUUGGUUUGAGUCUGCGAAGCUCUCAGGUUUGAGUUUUUGUUCUCUUGUCCCUGGUGAGAAAUCUACACACACAGGGAGAUUACCUUGCUCAUUCCUUUUUUGAUUGGGGGUGAAUCCUUCUGUGUUCGAAUGAUGUUUUCCCCGGGUUGGGAUGGGAAGUGCUGCCAAUCAAUAAUAAUCAACCACCAGGCACCACUAGGGUCGGGAAAUUAAAGCCCUGGCGUCCCUCAUGAUUCCACAGCAAAGGGGUCCUGCCGGGUUCUGUUUAGGUUUUCAGAACAGAUCAUCACGGUAAAUGGAAAGAAAAUAAUUGGAUAUUUCUCCUAAGAAUAAAUGAGAGGGAAAAAUUUGGAAUGUUAAAGUGUAAACAUG